AUGGUCAUGUACGAGGACGUGCUGACGCCUACACUCGCAUACACUGAUGCGCGUGAACUAUGUGUGGACAUAGCUGCAUUGUUCGCAGGCUCGUCUCUUGAGCUUGCCAUGCCACCGGCUUCAAUGAUUGAUGAAUAUGCAUGUCUAUUCUAUGAUGAACACAUACGCGUUCAGCUGACCAUGAAACUUCCAUCCUUACCGACUAUGCUUCCUGCACCGAUUCAUAUGUUUUCCGAUGUACAUACGCUCGACGAUCACUCUGUCAUGACGCUGCCACCACUGCUGGUCAUUUUGUUGUCGUCACUACACGUGUCGUUACGCGGCUCUAUGUGUGAAGAAAAGGAGACAAAAACUCCCGCUUCGCUUUUCGUCCAUUAUUGGCAACGCCUACCGAGCUCGACAGACUUUGUUCUUCGCCGCUCACCACUUACACGUAUCCAGAGGCCUGAGACGGAGGCUGUUGAGCCUUUCCUCGAUAAAUCCUUCGUUCCUGGCAUCACAUACGAUACACAACAAAAGUCGUGGGUCGUGCGUUGGACGAGCGAUGUGAAUGUGCCUUAUACCAUGACGGACUUGCCCCGCGAGCGGAUGAAAAUCAAUGCUAUGCUUCAACUGCGCUUGGAGCUCGCGCUUCUUGCUGCGCAAGCACAAGCAGCACCGCCCCAAAUGCCUUUCCAUUACUCAUCGAACCGACAACAUCCAUUUUCUCAAUCGUCUGAUCCGUAUAUCAUCGACGUUGAUCUUCUUAGUGACCUCGCCGACACCGUCAAGGUGCCGGAUGAGACGCCCGAGCAGCGCAUGCAAUACCUGUCGAAGCGGCUCACAAUGAUGCCGCUGUCCAUGCUUGCUCCUGGUGUGCUUGGUACAGACAUCACUGCGCCGUGGGGUGAGGCUAGUUCUUUGUCCAGCCGGUUGAAUCAUAUCAAAGAGCUUGAAGCAGCAGCUCGGGCAUCCGAUGCGGAUAUUGCCCUGGCCCCUCUCUCACAUUCGGCCCGAUUUGGACCGCGUCUUCCGCAACGCCUGUCAUCAACGCCUGUGGGCGUGGCAAGCAAGCCACGUGAAGAGUCUGCAACGAUGUCAUCGACAACCGACAUUGCGACGCUUGCAUCACAAGGCCCCGUAUCACUGACAUCUAUGACACACACGUUUGCUGUGGUCUGUGCAUCGACGGCUGUGAGGAUGCGCACACUUAGUCGUACUUUGCCGCUUGACACAUCUGAAGAUGCACAAAGUGUGGUGGUGUGCAUAGAGCUAGAUGCAUUGCCAAUGACCAUUCCUUUCUGGGUUCACGCGCUGCAUCUAGACAUGGGUGAACGGUCCGACAUGACGAGAGAGACGGGCUUUAUGUCGAUGAAUGAUCCCGUACAGAUCGUAAUUGAACCAUUACCGGGCCACGCGUCAUCACUGCCCGUUUGUCUGGGACGACAUGCUCAGCACAAUAUGUUAUACACAGUGCGACUUCGUAUCAGCUCGGAGGACCUCGAUGCGCAGACGUUGGCGCGGCAGCUGACCACAUGGGAUCCUCAUCGAUCGACUCGUGUCACGAUGCUUGGCACACCGGAGCGUGGACCACAUACGUCGACCCACAGCACAUGUGUGUCGCAAUGGAAUGGGUUCAUGGAUUUGUCGCUAGCGCUCCUUGACUUGCAGCGGCGCUCAUUUGCCGAGCAUAUAAUUCGCCGAUCUAUGGGCCAAAUUCCGAAGCCAUGGACUCCGGAUACACCGCCACCACCAACGGCGGGUGAUGCAUCUCUUGCGCCUAUGGCAUUGUCAGCGUCUCGAAAUGUAGAACCUGUUCGUCUUGAGGAGACAAUCUCCUACGAUCAGACGCGCGAAGGGGCACAAGGAGUGUCAAUCAAAGACGCAGAUGGACGUAGCAAAAGCACCACACGUCAUGCUGUUGGGUGGAGUGAAAGCCAUUCGCAGCGAAUCGGGUUUGAUCCAACGCGUGUGAGCUCGUUUGCCUCUUGCCUGCUGGCGUCGCUCAAGACAUAUCAGGAACCCACGGAAGCUGGCUCUCAUCGCAUUCAUAUCUGCAUCGCAUUGUCGAAUGUAUCUCCUGAUCCUAUGGAUAUACAGGUCUCUUGGGCGAUGGAUCUCGAGCCGGCGCCACAGAAAAACCGCGCUAUUGUGGCGGAACACAGCAGCAUCCGUGUUGGGUACGUGUAUUGA